AUGGAGGCGGAUGACAUUCAAACUCAUGGGUACAAGUAUCCAAGAAUCAGCAAUGGAAAUGUUAGGCUCGAGUUCAGUAAAAUAGGGCAGAAAGGAGAUGACUCGAAGUACGCAGAUGAAGAAGAUGGAGAGCCUACGAGGGGCAGGGCUAACGGAGGCGGCGGAUUUGGUGGCGGUAUCGAUCUUGGAGGUGGCCUUGGUAGGUUUAAUGGCUGGCCUUCAUCACGGAUUGCAAGAGCAUCUGGUGGAAAAGAUAGGCACAGCAAAGUUUUCACCUCAAAGGGGCUAAGAGAUCGACGCGUGAGACUCUCGGUAAACACUGCGAUUCAUUUCUACGAUUUGCAGGACCGUCUUGGCUACGAUCAGCCAAGCAAGGCGGUGGAGUGGCUGCUGAAGGCCGCUGCCAGUUCUAUUACGAAGCUCCCUUCCAUUAGUACUGCAUUUCCAGAUACUCCUAAGCAACUGAGCGACGAGAAGAGGUCUAGCUCCGGCGGUAAUGAUCAACAAGGUUUUGAUUCAGAUGAAGUAGACAUGGACGGUGGAGGAGGUGAUCCUCAACAGACGGCGGCGAUUUUAUCCAAAUCUGGCUCCGGGAAGGGUUCCGGGCUAUCUCUUUCCAGAUCUAAAAACCGGAUCAAAGCCCGGGAGCGUGCAAAGGAAAGAGUUGCAGAGAAAGAGAAGGAGAAAGAGAACGAGUGUCCUCAUGUUGAACAUUUGAACCCUCUUUCCCAUACCACUUCUUUCACUGAACUCUUGAGUGUUGGCAUGAAUAAUGUCAAUAACAACACCAACCUUAAUGCCUCUGUUCACCAAAACACUAAUUCAAAUGAGCCAAUUUUUUUCCAAAAAUCUCCCAGGCAAUGGUCUUCAACCCCGAUGGAUUACUUUAACAGUGGACUAUUAGGGCCACAGACAACUCGUCCGGGGCAAAUUCACUUGGCAAAUCCUCUUUCGCAGCCAGUUUGUUCCCAACUGUUUAGUGUAUCCGGGGACCAUCAGCCGGAGCUCCAGCAUAUCUCGUUUGUCCCGGAACAUUUUGUUUCAGCUGUCACUGCACACAACAACAACAAUAAUAAUCACAAUGGUGCUGAUGAGUACAAUCUGAACUUCAAAAUUUCUUCUUCUGCUGCAUCUUCAAGCCUUGCUGGCUUCAACAGGGGGACCCUUCAGUCCAAUUCUUCCUCGCCGUCUCUUUUGCCUCACCUCCUGAGGUUUCCUCCCUUAGAUGGAUCUCCGAAUUUCUUUAUCGGCACCACUGCCUCACCAGCAUUCCCAGAAGGGAAAAAGAAAGAACUGAGUUCAUUCAACAUCCUUUUCCUCUCCAUCGCAUCUUCAUUCCAGGUAACUGAAGAUGAGAAGUUUCAUACUCUGCUGAGUAAGACUUGA